CUCAGUAAACUUCCUCUUGUGCUCUUGUUGAUUUCACAUAUUCACUCUGGACACACUGAAGAUAGAGUCCAGACAGUUUUAAGUGUUUCUCCACAGAAGUGGUUGACUGAAGGAGAUCCAGUGACUCUGAUGUGUGAGGUUUACGGUAACUCUACAGGCUGGACAUUCAGCUGGUACACUCUAAUUGUUUCAUCAGACAACAGAUAUAAUUUUCAGCUGCUCUCAGACAGCAGCAGAGGAGCUGGAGGAAACUACACUGUCAGUUCUGCUGCUCUAAAACACACAGGCGUUUAUGUGUGCAGAGCAGAGAGAGGAGAACCAGCAUAUAACACAACCUACAGCAACACACAGCCAGUAUGGGUCACUGGUAUUUUUCCUCGAGUCUCUCUGAUCAUCAGUCCCAGCAGAACUCAACACUUCACAUCUGUCUCUCUCUCUCUGAGCUGUGAGGACCAGAGUAACUCUGAUAGAUGGAGAGUGAAAAGAUACACAGAGAGUUUGGGGCUGGAAGAUUGUUCAUCAUCACUGUGGGUAUCACAAACAGGUUCUACAUGUACAUUCAGCUUUACCAGCAAAUCAGACACUGGAGUGUACUGGUGUCAGUCUGAAUCUGAAGAAAAAUAUGAUCCUGUUAAUAUCACUGUACACUCUGGUGUGAUUUUGGAGAGUCCUGUUCAUCCUGAGACUGAAGGAGAUACUCUGACUCUACGCUGUUUAUAUCAACAUUCAACUCCACCAAACCUCAGAGCUGAUUUCUAUAAAGAUGGAUCACUCAUCCAGAAUCAAACUACAGAGAUGAUCAUCUCUACUGUCUCAAAGUCACAUGAGGGUUUCUACUACUGCAGACACUCAGAGAGAGGAGAGUCACCCAAGAGCUGGAUCUCGGUCAGAGUCUACCCUUCAGAAUCUCAGAUCUCUGUCCUCCACACACUCAGUUCUGUACUGGCAGUUUGUCCAUAUCUGCUAGUGACAGUUGUGCUGAUUUUCAAAUGCUGCAGGAUGAGAGGUGCAUGUUGAAGAUGAAAAAGCUUUAAUUUAAUCGGUUGUGACGGUAAAAAAACGUCAUCUUCAGAUAUUGACUGCAGUCACUAUCAAAAAUGAAGAUGACGUUUCUGAUCGCUCUGUGUCUGCAUGAAAAACAGAAGUCAUUCCUGAUUCACGAUGACUAACUUUUUGGCAUCUCAUGGUUAUUAAAGUCAACAUGAACCAGAAUUACUAGCCCACUUGACCUCCAUUAAUUUCAGGUCUAAUUAGCAUACCUACAUACAUAAAUGUUUUGCAUGCGUACAGUGGAAAAUGAAAUCCUUAAACUAAUUUAUUUUUUUUUUUUUUCUUAAUGAAGCCUAGAUUAUAAUCCUAGUCAUGGUCUUUUUCAAAAGACAUUUAGACACUUUUUGAUGAAUUAAAAGCAAGCAGUAAUGUAACUGAAUUUAAAGCAACAUUACAGAAGCUUACAUUUAUUUUAUAGAAAGUCAAAUUAAAUAAGCAGAAAUGCAAAAAUGUUGUCAGUGUUGCCAACUAAGCUGUUCUAAAAAGGCUAUUUAAAAAUAGGUUACUACAUAAACAUCACGGGCUAAUACACAGUCUUUAACUUCAUUUUUAACUCUUUAUUGAUAUUUUUCUGCUCCUCUUCUUUGCAUCACUUCCAGCCUUGUGCCCCUGAUCAUUUUAAUUUUUCACUAAUGUUUUAGAAAUGCAGAGCCAGACAGUAACGGAGUAUAUUUACUUCAGUACAGUACUUAAGUACAAUUUUGAGGGAUCUGUACUUUACUCAAGUAUCAUUUUUGGGAAGUACUCAUGUACUCAAGUACUUUUGAGAGGCAAAUAUUUUACUCUUUACUCCGCUACACUUCUAUCCAUAACCGUAAGUACCCG